CACAUUCAAACCGGAUUCCAUUUGAUACGUUAGCAUACACUCUAGGAUGUUGGUGUCGAUUACAGUUUUCCUCGUUUGUCUGGCACUGGGCAGUGCUCAGUCAAGUGUGACUUGCGACGAUGUUAAUUCUAUGGUGUGCCAGGACUUGUAUAACCUCAACCCUAACAUGUGUGAAAAUGCGUGUUACUCUGUGGCGCUCUGUCCACGCUUCUGUGGGAAAUGCCCACUGAAAUGUUAUCAAUGUCAUGAGGUUGCUAGUCCAGACCUGUGUUACACAUCAACGCAAUGUCCUUCAGUAGAUCACUUUUGCAUCACUACCCAAUCCUUCACUGACGAUUUCAAGGAGGUGUACAAACUUGGUUGUGCCCUUAACGCGGUAUGCGCAUCACAUUUCGGUGCACCCAUAGGGCGAAGAGAAGACGACAACAUGUCUAAGCGAGGGCAAUUGCAAGGGUUUUGUUGUAGUACCGACUUAUGCAACGUGAAAUCUCGUAACGUAACGACAUUUGAUUCCGGUCCUAUAAAUAUGCAGCCCAACAUUCUGCAACAGAAGAUACUAGUCCGUGAACCUUCUGCUGUAGUUCGUGACGCUUCCGAUGCCACUAAUACAUCCACAUCUGCAUAUCAAUCUACUCAAUCAAAUGUACCGACAACGAACCCGGCUCCUGUAGCUAAUGUAUCUACGACGCCUCCAGUUGUCACGGCCUAUCAUACUAGUGCAACUACUACACCUCCAGUUGUGACAACAGUUCCUGUUGUGACGUCUAAUCUGUGUGCUGACGUCGAUGCCGGUAUUUGUUCCCGCCUAGCAACACAUUUCCCUGAUAUGUGUACAGUUGACUGUAUUGCAAAUGAAGUCUGUCCUAGAAAAUGUGGCAGAUGCAUGGGAUGUUACCAGUGUAAUCACGUGUUAGCCCCAGAAAACUGCACACACAAAACUGUUUGUGAGAAUGGAGAGCAAUGUUACUCCGUGGAGACUAUAUCACCUUCACUUGGACGGGGAUACAGACUCGGAUGUUUAAACGAAAAGAUGUGUUCAACCUUUGGUGAAGCCGCUCCCGCCAUCUUUGGAAAGCGUCAAGAAUUUGAGCUGUCUCUCCACGGUGGAUGUUGUAGAGGGGAAUAUUGUAAUGACCAUGCCCUUCUGCCUACGACUUUUGUACCACCGACAGCUACGACAGUUCCAACGACUCCUGUACCACCGACAACUACGACUGUUCCAACGACAGUCGUCCCGACAACAGCCCACAACGCUUGUCCUAGUCGAUACAGUAGAUGUCCGUCAGGCUGGAUCCAUCACAAAAGUUCAUGCUUUGCUUUGUCACUAACGCAUUUAAGCUGGGCCGAUGCUAAGGCCAAGUGUGAACAACUCUGCGCCGGAUUGGCCGACUUCAGUACUUCUUCAAGCUUACAUAGCAGUCUACAAAGUGUCGCCCCUGCAGCCGGAAAUGCCGGUCUAAGAAUAACGACGGCGUGGGUGGAUGGUCGUGUGUCGUUGCAUGGAGAUUGGGAGUGGAGUGAUGGACAAGAAGCAGACCACACCCUUCAACAGCAUGUACAUAAUUAUGAUGCUUCUAAGUGUGGAUUGGUUACCAUACAGUCACAAUGGACUAGUCAUGGUCUCUCAUCGAGUAGAUACAUGGACCCGACUGACUGUAGUGCCAAGCAUCUGCCUUUGUGUGAAAUAAAACAUGUUUACUCAUGAAUGUAAAUAAAAUAAGAUCAUGGCACGUAAC